AUGAGUCUAGGUGAAGAGUUUAUUAAAAAAGUAUAUUACUGUGAAUUGUGUAAGUUAUAUAUACCCCCACAUGAUGAUGUUGAACAGCAGUUGAAUUUGCAUUUCCGUGACCGUGUACAUUUACAACUUUACGUGCAACAUUGUGAAAAAAAUAAAUCCCAAGAAAAGACUGCCGAAGUGGUUAGCAAGGAAUGUACUGAUGAAAUGAAAUCGGACAGCAACUCUUCUAACAAAGGUGCUGGCCAUGAGGAUAAACAUGAAACUUCUGACAAUGGUGAUGAUUCAUCAAGUCUAAAUAUUCAACACGAAGAGAAAAUGAAAAAUAGAUUUGACUGGGAUCUAUUGGAUGCCGUUAUUGGAGUUGAUAAAAUUAUGCCAGCUAUAGCUGGGCUCUCAUCUACACCCGUAUCCACUAACGUUAAGAUCCAAUCCCCGUCCAAGGAAAUGGAAUCCACCAAUGAAAAUGUCCAAUCCACCGUUAUUAGAACUGAGCCAACGAAGGAUCCAUCAGAGUUGCAACUAACCGUUGGGGAGAGGAAGCGACUGUUGAAUAGACAAAAACAGAAAAGAAAAAAAGCGCGAAGAAGAGCAGAGAAAUUAUCCCAGGCGUACAUACCUCAAACUUAA